UCACAACUCAAAUUAGAAGUCAGGCGCUUUCUCCUAAGGGCUUGAUAUCAAACAAGGUGUCCCAGGGGUCGAUGUGGAUUGAAGCAACACAACUCUAAAUUAACAAGGACCUCUGUUUGACAUAGAGCUAGUUUUUGCCCUGAGGCAAGUGAGUUUGAGCGCUGCAGCAGAGUGCAAAACCAUUUCAGGGUCGAACGCAGGCAAAGUGGAGCAGAUGCAUCAGGAGGGGAAAGUGAUCUCCCCUGGCGCCCACUUUGAGCCAACGGCUAUGCCUUGCAUAAAUUUGAGCAUGGGGAGUUCGGGUCAUGAUCACAUGGGCUCCACAGGACGUUCAUGUCUCUGCUUAAGUCCCCCAUAUGACGGUGAUGGGAUUCGCUGGGCGGAGGAGACAGAGGAUAUCAAACCUUCACACAGUUUGUUGGGCCUGCCAGAGCUUAGCUGGCCACUCGUGUGCCUGACUGGUAAUGAUGGGUUAGCUCGUGAAGAUCUGAGCAUGGCAGAGGCUGCUGCCCUUCUUCCUCAAGGUUUGGGGAGUCUAGAACCAAGCCCACCCAUACUCAGCCCAACUCAGAACACUCUCAUUGAAGUGCAGGGAAUAGCAGAGGAACAUUGUCUGGAGCAGGUCCAGUCAAUGGUGGUGGGAGAAGUGCUGAGUGAUGUCAACAAAGCUUGCAAGCUGCUCAACAUUGCACCAGACCCUCAAGAGUGGAACUGCGUGCACGUUUACAAAUGGCUGCUGUGGACGGAGCACUUGUACCGACUGCCACACAUAAGCACGCUCUUCAAGGAGUUGAGUGGAAGGGACUUGUGCUCCAUGACCGAGGCGGACUUCAGAGAACGUUCCUCGCAAUUUGGAGACAUGCUAUAUGCUCAUCUCGACAUCUGGAGAUCUGCUGCAGCAAUGAAGGACCAGUGCCCACCAGAAGACUUUAAGUCGGCAAACAACAAUUCUUGGUGCAACUGUCCAAGCCAGCCCAUUCACUUGUGGCAGUUCCUUCGGGAGUUGCUCCACAAGCCGCACAACUACAGCCGCUGUAUCCGCUGGAUUAACAAAGAGAAGGGAAUUUUCAAAAUAGAAGACUCAGCUCAUGUGGCCAGGCUAUGGGGCAUCAGAAAGAACCGUCCAGCAAUGAACUAUGACAAACUGAGUCGAUCUAUACGCCAGUACUACAAGAAGGGCAUCAUUCGAAAGCCGGAUGUGUCACGCAGACUGGUCUACCAAUUUGUUCACCCCAUAUGAUCAAGCUGUUUGCUGCAUCAGGAGGCCACCAAGCUGGAAAAAAAUCUAAAUGUGCUGGACAUAAACAAAAUAACUUGUAAUCUCUCUGAUGUAUUUGAGCUUUCAUUUUAUUUGUAAAGACUGCCUACUGAAAAGUGCACUUCUGCCUAUUACAGGCUCACGUGAAAAUGAUUAUAUUCUUUUAUUGUUUUAAGCACACUGCAGACAUCUCAAGUCAUUUUGUAUUGGAGGCUGUAAAAAGGAAAUAAGUUUCUCUCAACAAAAAAAAUGGGAGACUAAAAUAUGAAAAAAAUAAAGUUGACCAUUUCUUCUUUUUGUGAGUGAA